UUGCAAGCGAAAAAAACAAUUUUUACAAAAACUAAUCUAUAUUUCUUGAAUUUAUAGUGAUUUUAUAGUGAACAAUAUUGGUGGUGUUGGUGCAAAGUGCUUGCGUAAUGGACAAGUUCAUUAAAAAUCGAGGAAGAAUCGUCUUAAAUCGAUUAAACCACUUGAUUUCGAGCUUUGUGGAAAUAUGAUAUUACUCAUACGAUUUGUUCUGGUAAUAAUAAUCGAAAAGGCAUGAGUCAGAAAACUGUGCAUUUUAGUAAAGAUACCUAGCAAGCGGUUUUCCUUUGUAAAGAUGUCAAACAAUAAAGAUUGGAUGCCUGAUCAACAAUUUCUUUGGGACGUGUUUCAAAGAGUGGACAAAGACAAAAGUGGCCAUAUAUCUGCCGAUGAGCUACAAGUGGCUCUUUCUAAUGGAACAUGGUCUGCGUUUAAUCCCGAAACUAUUCGCUUGAUGAUUGGAAUGUUUGACCGAGAAAAUGGGGGAACCGUAUCAUUUCAAGACUUUGGAGCGUUGUGGAAAUACGUGACGGAUUGGCAAAACUGUUUUAGGUCUUUCGACCGCGACAACUCUGGAAACAUAGACAAAAAUGAGUUGAAAACAGCUUUGACUUCGUUUGGGUAUCGUUUAUCUGACAACCUUGUUGAUAUUUUACUCCGAAAAUUUGAUCGUUUUGGCCGUGGAACAAUUCUUUUUGAUGAUUUCAUUCAAUGCUGCAUAGUACUAUAUACUUUAACAACAGCUUUCCGGCAGCAUGACACUGACAUGGAUGGGGUCAUCACAAUACAUUAUGAACAGUUUUUAAGUAUGGUGUUUUCAUUAAAAAUAUAAUUAUAACUUAUCAAAUAUAUGACAAUAAAAGAGUGUAUAAAAAAUA